AUGCCUCACAAAGCCUCGGCGAAGGCCAGCGUGCCCUACAUCUCCCGCCUAAUUCUCCUGACAGUCGAGCCUUUCUUUGCUCUGAUGGGAUCAGUGCUUGUCUUAGUUGAUCCGAGUACCUAUCUUGGCAGUGUCACGCGCCACUCCGUCGCCUUCGCACCUGAUACAACAUUUCUUUACACAGCCAUGGGUGGUUCUUGGCUGUAUUUCGCCUUUGUCGAGGCUGUGGUUCUGCGCCUGUUUGAUGAUCUUGCACUCUGGAGGGUCUUGUGUACGGGAAUGUUGUUGAGCGAUUUUGCGUUCUGCCACAGCACGGCUCAGGGGGUAGGAGGCUGGGGCAACUAUAUGAAGAUUGAGAACUGGACUGGGGAGGACUGGGUGGCCUUUGCGAGUACCGCGCCCAUGGUGCUCACGAGGAUCCUGCUUGUGUUGGGAGUCGGGAUAAAGCGAUCGCCUGCGGUGGCGACGAAGAGCGAGUGA